GCUUGACAAACCCUGAUCAAGUCGUCCUAAGAUCUACUCUAUAAGAUCUGAACUCCGCACUCUAAGGUCCAGUUCGACUAAAGCUGGCUAAAGAAUUUUGUGCAAAAGACUUGGAUUAAAAACCGCCAAAAUUGUGGAGGCAAUUAAAAUGAAGACUGAGCUGCGUUCCUGCGCAGCGUGUGGCGAACCAAUCUCGGAUCGAUUCUUUCUCGAGGUUGGCGGCUGCUCGUGGCACGCCCAUUGCCUGAGAUGCUGCAUGUGCAUGUGCCCCUUGGACCGCCAGCAGUCGUGCUUCAUCCGGGAAAGGCAGGUCUACUGCAAGGCCGACUACAGCAAAAAUUUUGGCGCCAAAUGCUCGAAAUGCUGUCGCGGCAUCUCCGCCUCGGACUGGGUGAGACGUGCCAGGGAUUUGGUCUUUCAUCUGGCCUGCUUUGCCUGCGAUCAGUGCGGACGCCAGUUGUCCACCGGGGAACAGUUUGCCCUCAUGGAUGACCGGGUGCUUUGCAAGGCUCAUUAUCUGGAAACGGUCGAGGGUGGCACCACCUCAAGUGACGAAGGCUGUGACGGUGAUGGCUAUCACAAGAGUAAAACGAAACGUGUGCGCACCACCUUCACCGAGGAGCAAUUGCAAGUGCUGCAGGCCAACUUCCAGAUUGACAGUAAUCCGGAUGGCCAGGAUUUGGAGCGCAUUGCAUCGGUGACCGGUCUGAGCAAGCGUGUGACGCAAGUGUGGUUCCAGAAUUCGCGUGCGCGUCAGAAAAAACACAUACAUGCUGUACGCGAACCGGAAGGAAGCUCAUUUGCGCGUCAUAUUAACCUGCAGUUAACGUAUUCAUUUCAGAAUAACGCACAGAAUCCAAUGCAUAUGAACGGCUCUAAAGCGGGUCUAUACCCGACGCACGAAUCCUCCAUGGAUGAGAUGUCGCAGGACUCGAGUGUGCAUUGCAUGCCCAGCGAGGUGUGACUAGAGCAGUCCUCGCCAGCACGAGCCCAUCGCUAGCGGGGGCACUCCUCCUCGAAGUAUCUAAAGCAUACACACCCCCUCAAAGCACACCAUCAAAAACGAAUGAAAACACUAAACGUCCUUUCCUAGUCAAAAUUAUAUGUGAAGCUUGCAUAUGAAAUGAAAAGAUCCCAGCUAAACAAAAAACACGAUACCAUAGCGCAUUCCCAGUUAGGCUUUGAGCAUCCAUUCAGCAUCGAACCAGCAAUCUCAUGAGAACCCACACAACAAACCAACAAACCAACAAACAAACAAGCAAACAAACAGAAAGACAAACAAACAAACAAACAAGCAUUCCUGCAUUGUAGUGUAAGAAGCUGCAGUUUAGUUAAUUUAAUUUAAAUGAAAUUUAAAUUUAAUUUAGUUUAAUAUUCGAUAGUCGCUAAGUGUUUCGCCCCUCGUAAAUGGAUCUACAUAUAAUAUUUUUUUUUUAGAUUGUAAGAUUGAUAUCCUGCUUGC